UCUCCUUACUUCCUUGUCUGUGUCAUUCCUUUCUCUUUUUACUUCGCCAUUAGCGAAACACUUAAAUAUACGCUUCUACCACCUCCUCUGAUUUUCUUAUUGUUCAAGGGACACAACCACGUUUUCUCCAUCCUCUCACAUCCGUUUUCUUGCUUCUGCUUCCUCGUUUUCCAAUCCCAUCUCCCUCUCACCUUCUCUCCCACGGCCCGCUAUUCCGCGACCCAGAGGCAAGAGGAGUGGGAUUGACGUUCUGGUUUUCUCUCGUUUGGUGGGUAAGAAGCUGAGAGCUUUCUGGAUUGUCGCUCUGUCGAUUAGAGUUGAAGACUGGAUCUCGGCUGUUUUCCGCCUUUCCGGGUUUCUGAUAUUUUGCCUGGUUGGUAGAGGAUUUUGAAUGUCCGACGCUCUAAGGGUUUCGUUUCCGCCAUGACCACCAAGCGCGCCUACAAGCUCCAGGAAUUUGUGGCACAUUCUGCUGCUGUGAAUUGUCUCAAGAUCGGGAGGAAGUCUUCGAGGGUUCUUGUAACGGGUGGGGAAGAUCACAAGGUCAAUCUCUGGGCUAUUGGUAAGCCCAAUGCCAUUCUGAGCUUGUAUGGGCACUCGAGUGGAAUAGAUUCAGUCACUUUUGAUGCUUCGGAAGUCUUAGUAGCAGCAGGAGCUGCAAGCGGUACUAUCAAAAUUUGGGAUUUGGAGGAGGCUAAGGUUGUCAGAACUCUCACCGGUCAUAGGUCUAAUUGCAUUGCGGUGGAUUUUCAUCCUUUUGGUGAGUUCUUUGCAUCUGGCUCUCUCGACACAAAUCUAAAGAUAUGGGACAUAAGAAAAAAGGGUUGCAUCCAUACUUACAAGGGUCACACACGAGGAGUCAAUGUACUCAGAUUCACCCCUGAUGGUCGGUGGGUUGUAUCUGGUGGGGAGGACAACAUUGUGAAGGUUUGGGAUCUGACCGCUGGUAAACUGUUGCACGAUUUCAAGUGCCAUGAGGGCCAAAUUCAAUGCCUAGAUUUUCAUCCCCAUGAAUUUCUACUGGCAACAGGUUCAGCUGAUCGGACUGUAAAAUUUUGGGACCUUGAAACCUUUGAGCUGAUUGGUUCUGCUGGAUCUGAGUCCACUGGUGUUCGCUGCUUGACAUUUAAUCCAGAUGGGAAGACUGUGCUUUGUGGGUUGCAUGAAAGUCUAAAGAUUUUUUCUUGGGAGCCAAUUAGAUGUCAUGAUGGGGUGGAUGUUGGAUGGUCAAGAUUAUCAGAUCUGAAUUUUCAUGAGGGAAAGCUUCUUGGUUGCUCAUACAAUCAAAGUUGUGUAGGUGUAUGGGUUGUGGAUCUCUCGCGCACUGAACCAUAUGUGGCUGGAGGAGCUACUCAACCAAAUGGUCACUCUGAGAAGAAAUCUAGCUCAGGCAGAGAUCCAGUGGUUCUGAAUGAUAACAGCUCAAAGGCUGUUCUUGGAAAGCUGUCUGUUUCGCAAAACACAGAUCCUUUGUUGAAGGAAACAAAGACCCUCGGAAGAUUAUCGGUUUCUCAAAACUCCGAUUCUUUGGCAAAGGAAGCUAAGUCUACUGGAAGGUUAUUAGUAUCUCAAAGCUCAGAAUCAUUGUUGAAGGAAACAAAGCCUCUCGGGAGGUUGGCAGUUUCUCACAAUUCAGAUCCAGCUAAAGAGUCAAGGACUUUGACUUCUACAGGAAGUGUACCAGGCACUCCUCAUAGGGUUGGUUUAAGCAAUGCACCAAAGACCACUUCCAGUGUUCCGGUUGCUGUUUCUAAUGCUGCUACCUCAAAGAGGAAUUUUGCCAGAGCUAACCCGUCAGUGAAUCCUCCUGUAAUGAACAAAGCAGAUUUUGUUCCAGUUAUUGUACCCAGAUCAGACCUUAGCGAUGAGCAGACAGCUGAAUCCAGGGCAGAGCUUGACAUAAUUGGAAGAACCAUGCCAUACUCGCUGCAGUCAAAAGCAUCUGAUCCUCGAAGGUUGCCAAGCAACAGAAAUGAGCCAGAUCUGCCAACCACAUCCCUUCUUGAAAGGUCUAGCUCUCAGGCAACUGAACCAAGCACUACUUUGGAUGGGAAUUCAUUUCCUAGUGUCAAGGGCGGUACACAGGGUACAUCUGCUGCUGGGAGGAAAGCUAACAAUUAUAGGUAUAUGGGAUUCGGCAGGAGUGGUUCAAGAUCACUGGUGGGAUCACCUCCAAGGAACCAUGACGAAAACUAUGACGUAACGGACUACAGAGCAAAUAGAGAUCCCGAUCCAUCUGAAAGUCAAAAAGGAGGAAAACUGCAUUCCCUCGUCAUAAAUAGGGAGAGAAGAGGGAGAAUUUCCAACUUUGAGGGGCCUGUUUCAAGUAUUUCUGGUGGAAAUAUAUCUGCCCAAAACGUCCGCCCUUCUAAUACGUUCAAGCCAAGAGGAAACCAUUUAUCACCUGCAGAAGGGAUCAGUUCAGCUAGCGAAGAGGAUAUUGUUGUAGAUAUAAUGGAGCAGCAUGAUCAAUUUGUCAGCUCUAUGCAGUCUCGUUUGGCUAAGUUACAGGUGGUUCGUAGACAUUGGGAAAGAAAUGAUGUCAAAAAUUCAAUAGAGGCGAUGGAAAAGAUGGCUGAUAAUGCUGUCGUUGUGGAUGUAUUGAGUGUGGUAACUGAGAAAAUUGAUAUUCUAACCUUGGAUAUUUGUACCUCUCUUCUUCCCCUUCUGACAAUUCUUCUGGGGAGCGAAAUGGAAAGGCAUUUGAGCGUGUCCCUGGAUUUGCUGCUUAAGCUUGUCAGGAUGUACGGUUCACUGAUUUACUCAUCACUCUCUGCACCAUCAUCUGUUGGCGUAGAUAUUGAAGCAGAGGAAAGGAUUGAGCGUUGCAGCCGUUGCUUUGUUGAACUUGAGAAAGUAAAGGCAUGCCUUACAUCUCUAGUGAGAAGAGGAGGAUUGGUGGCUAAGUCCGCCACUGAACUCAAUCUAGCAUUCCAGGAAGUUUCAAGAUUCUAAUCAGACAGGAAGUUCCAAAUGGAAAAGAUGCAAAUCCAACCAAAGCUAACCUUCCUGUCCUGUCGGAGAAGAACCAUCUUUGCCCCAAUCCUUUACUUCUUGACGUGGAUUUGGUUGCAAAGGAGAUUCUAACAAACAAUGAUGAUGACACAACUACAUUAACCAUGGAAGACUAAUCUUUUUGCUUCCGAGGCAAAAACUUCUGCAUACUCAGGCUUACUUGGCUUGUAGAGAGCCGUUUCGGCUGGUUUAGGUAUUCUUUUGUGGAGUGUUCUUUCUUCCCAUAGAGCAAGAGUGUAUGUAUUUCUGCAUUUGCUGGAUUUGUGUUUUGCUAAUGGCAUACAAGAAGUGUUCGGUUC